UCAUUGAUUCAAACGAGCACAAGCCAACUAGAGUCAGUCGAAUUUGAGCUAUUCGCGAGUUACACCGCUCAAAAUUAUCUAUUAUUUGUGGUGUUAUAUCCGGUUCACCAUUUGAGCUAAUCCGAAUUCGAGAUUGGUAGUUAUAUUCCAAUCCCCUCCCAAGUUUCAAUUAUUAUUCUUACCAAAUGUACCCCUAAUCGUCACUACAUCAACCGCCAAGGCGUCAAUUGGUAGCUUAAUACAGCCAACAAUCACCCCGUAAAAUAAAAAUAUAUAUAUAAAAAAAAAAAAAAAACGUCUCGCAUUGGUCUCGUUCAAAAGAGGCCGAUUAAAGCUUUCGAGGCUCCGAGCACUCGAGCAGGGCUUCCCGGCUUCCGUCGACAGAAACAUCUAACCCAAUUAUUCCGCUCCAGGCAGAAGCACUCGUUUUAGCCUGAGUAGAUUACUUGGAGAUGUCAGGAAGAGGUCAUCUCACGAUGCCUGGGAUGAUGCGGCAUGGACAACCACCUGGAAAUGGCACACAGAUUGAUGAGAUAGAUCAUCUUGUAAUGGAAAAUAAGAGAUUGGCAACAUCAAUAGCAGCUAUGAGACAAGAUCGUGCCAUGGUUGAAGAAGAAAUACGUAGAAUUGGGGCUCACAUUAGAAGUAUUGAGACGGAAAGUGAUAUUCAAAUUCGGGUUUUGCUUGAGAAGAUUGCAAGAAUGGAGUUAGGCCUUAAAGCUGGAGAGAGUGUGAAGAAGGACCUGCAACAGGCCCACAAGGAUGCACAGAGCUUAGUGGCGGCUAGACAAGAGCUGACAUUGAAAAUUAAGCAAGCAAGUCAAGAUCUUGACAAGUGGCAUACUGACAUUAAGAGGAUUCCGGAAUUGCUCUCUAAAUUGGACAGUAUGAAGCUGGAACACCAGCGUCUACGUUCGGCCUUUGAACAUGAAAAACACAUGAAUCUUGACCUUGUGGAACAUAUGCAAACGAAGGAGAAGAAUCUGGUCAGCAUGGAUAGGGAGGUAGAAACCCUGCGAGCCAAAAUACUGGAUGUGGAGAAGAGAGUGCAAGAACCCUAUGACAGCACACACCCAAAUCAAGAUGCACAAUACCCUUCUCUAUACCAGAGCAAUGAUCUGUAUUAUGAUCCAUAUAGAAGAGCAGCAAUUGAAGGAACGGUUUCUCAUAGCAAUUCUGGUGAACCAUCACCUGCAGUUGGCGCCAUCUCCCAUCCGCAUAGGCAUUGGGUGGCUUAUGAUCCAAAGUUCCAAUCUUUGCCCGGCAAUAGAGAUUGAAGCUAUGAAACUGUAGUUUUCACAUGAAUGUAUUGUUUGGGCCAGGUUUAGUGUUCGCUGCAUUUAUUACCCCAGUAUGUAGUUCCAGGGACGUGGGGUUCUUAGCUAACAAUUGUAGAAACAAAUUGUCAGGUUUACUCCUUAGCACUACCAUUCUUGAAACGGUAGAUUGAAUUAAUGAGCAGUUGAGCUUAUGCUGUUAGAGAAAUCUUGCUAACAAUUUCCGGGGUUGAGUGUUUGAAUUUGUAUGUGUAAAUAUCUAUAUCUUUCACUAUUUCUCA